UUGAAUAAAAAGUCUUAGUUGAUUAAUACUUAUAAUUUUAUUUUUUGGGUUUUGAUGACGAACAAAGCACAGGAGUGCUAUUUAAAAGCAUUCAGGUAUUUUGCUCGUAAAUUUCCCAAUUUCCAACCACGGGAAAGUUUAACGGACCAUGAGAUUGCCAUGAGGAAUGCGUUGAAAAUUGUUUACCCUGCAAUAACUACUAGAACUUGUUUUUUUCAUUAUAGCCAAGCGCUAGUCAAAAAUGCACGGGACAAAAAACUAAUUAGUACAUCUUCGAGUACGUGGUCAAAUCCUGAAACUUUCUAUGUAAUAAAUUUAUUAAAAUAUUUAGCUUUGCUUCCUGCAAACUGCAUUAGCAAAACGUAUGAAGCUAUUAAAAAAGAAACGACAGAAAGUUUUGGUGAUUUUUUUGACGACUACUUCGAGUACUAUGAUGAUCAAUGGUUACGCAAAGAAGGACCUGUGCAAAUCUGUAAUUUCGAUAGGGGGGAGGAUCGUACAACUAAUGUUAUAGAGUCUUACCACAGUCAGCUUAAUAGAUUAGUAGACAAACAUCUACACUGCAACAAAUUUCUUGCUACACUUAUAAUGAUUUUGCGAGAGGGACGCAUAGAUCUACAUUCUGUACAAGCUGGAAAAUAUGUACAACCCCACCAAAACACCGAAUCAAAAAAAAACAAUCAAGAGUACGUCCAAUUCUGGCAAGAUAUAAAAAAAAAAACUAAAAAAAGACAAUGAAGAAUUAAAUUUAAUUGAUGAAAUUAAAAAAAUAAAUCAUAUAAAAGAAUUACAAGAAAACGAGAGGAAGAUUGUUGAAAAACUAAUUAAUAAUGUAAAAGAGAGGUAUGAAGAAAAAUACGAAUUCCAAAAAUAUACAAUGUAUACAGCGAUCAAUGAUCCUGAAAAUCCGCCUGCAAUCAUGCAUCAUAUAAGGGACAUUAGGCAUAAGCUUAUCGCCUCAACGGAUCCUGCAGUACUAUUUACUGUAUAUAAUGCACCAAAAGCAUCUGUAAAUUUUGGAGAAAAUUUAAAAAGUUCAUCAGAAGAAGCAGCUCAAAAAUAUUAUAAAUAUUACCUGAUUUAUAAAGAAAAUGAACUCAUGAGUGCUUUUGGAAAAUAAUACCGGGCCAACCGUGUCGGUCUUAUCCGUACAUUUUUAACAAUCUUUUAUAUUCAUUUGUUAAGGUGCUACUGAAUAUAUUUUCCUAUUUCUUCUAAAUAUUAAUUAAAAACUUUAUUAAAAAUAUAAUUGAAAACUUAAAAAUCUCUAUUUAAAAAUACAAUCGACUAGGUAUUGAUUAUGAAAAAAUUAUUAUAUAAAAUAAUGGGUCAUCCGUGUCAAAAUAGGUGUGUUAGUUAUGAACAUCUUCCAUUUUAUUAGUAGAACUGUAAGUUAUAAAUGUAAAUUAUGUAUUUUGACAACCUAAAUUUUUACCUUUUAAAAACGUUUAAAAGGUAAGAAUUUCGUAGUUAGCUACAUUUUUUGUUAUAAUAAACAAUAAUCGAGAUACCAACAAUAUUUUAUUUAUUAUAAGCAAUUCCGUGCUAAGGAUUUCCGUGUAAAUAAUUAUCAGAAUUUUAUAGCAAUAAAUAUUAGUCCACACACCAACACAUCCUCAUUUAUUAAAAACAAUUCCGUGUCACUUGUGCACGAAAAAAAGAAAACUCGAAAAAUUACAGUAUAUAAUGCA